AAACCCAGUGGCUCUUCACCCUUAAGCCUCUUUUCUUAAAUACCACCACUUCAUUCAUCUUUUCAGUUGAUCAAAAACAUCAUCCUCCUCACUUUCUUCAUCUUCUUCCUCCAUUUCUUUGAAAAUGCGUAUGAGCUGUAAUGGGUGUCGCAUUCUUCGCAAAGGCUGUAGUGAGAAUUGCAGUAUACGGCCUUGUCUACAAUGGAUCAAAUCCCCCGAGUGUCAGGCCAACGCAACUGUCUUUCUCGCCAAGUUUUACGGCCGUGCUGGGCUCAUGAACCUCAUUAACGCCGGCCCUGAACAUCUUCGUCCUGCGAUUUUCAGGUCCUUGUUAUACGAGGCUUGCGGGAGAAUAGUAAACCCGAUAUACGGGUCCGUCGGUCUCUUAUGGUCAGGUAGUUGGCAGCUCUGCCAGGCGGCUGUUGAAGCCGUGCUCAAGGGGGCUCCAAUUUUGCCGAUAAACUCUGAAGCUGCGGCGAUGGGCCAGGGACCUCCGCUCAAGGCGUACGAUAUUCGCCAUAUUUCGAAAGAUGAGAAUUCAGCGGCGUCGGUUGACCGGGUAAAGGUCCGGUGCCGAGCUAAUCGAGUCGUCAAGCCGAAAGCUAGGAAGGCUGAGUUUAAUUACUCCGUUGAUGAAGCGGCGCGGUGCCAGGAGGAGACGAAGUGUGACGUGGAUGAAACGAACCGGUCGACGAGUCACGAGUCUUCUCUGAGUCACCAGUCCGAGUUGGCGGUAGUUGAGAACGAGAGCAAAGAGAGCGAGAGCAUGGUGUCUGCGGAGACAGCUGAGACGGCGUCUCUUUUUUUCCGAGCCGAGCCGGAGUGUGACGCGAAGCCGAACGAGAGAGUGGUUCCGGAUGGUUCAUCAUGUGAUAAUAUUGGGUUGGGGCUGGAGCUGACCCUGGGGUUUGAGCCGGUGGUUUCUCGUGCAAGCCACGUGGUGCCAGUGAAGAAGAGAAGAUUGGAAGCAUGUGGGACGUGUGAGAGAGACAUGUGUAAGGUGGAGCUGGGGCUUGAUUAUGCAGCUUGAGUUUAAAGUUAGGCCGUAAGAGUAAAUGGUGACAGUUUUGGUAGCUCGGCAGCUUUGUUAAUUCGCAUAGAAGAAAUCUGAGGCUGGACUUUUUUUUUUUUUUUAAAUUUUAAUUUAUUUUCCCUUUAUAGUGAACAAAAACAUGUACAAACUGUGGUUUACAUGAAUAUAAAUGGUAAAUGAAUAGAGGGAAGCACAUGCAUCUUACAA